AUGGGUUGACUUUUUGGGCAUCGCAAAUUCGGAGAUUGAUCUCAUCAUGGUCUGUCAUGUAGAUGUAUCCGUGAAAUUCUCGAUUAUUAUGCAUGCUUGCUUGGUAAUGUUCCUCCUUGGAUCUUGCCGUCAAGAAAGUCAACUCUGACGGCGGGGCGUAGGUUGACAUUUUAUUUUAUCCUCGAGCUUUUGGAGCGUUGACCCAUUUCAUCCCCCACUACCAUUAUGUGGCCCACAUUCUUCUCCUUUGUUUUGACUAAUACCGUGGGCCUCUUUAUUGUCCCGCAGGGGAUUUGCGACGUUCGCUCGGCUGGGCCCCCAGACCGUGAUCACCUUCCUUGUCUGCGAGAAGCUGCGGGAGCUCUCCGGCAUGAAGGCCAUCUGACCCGAGAGAGAGAGAGAGAGAGUCGGGGAAUGUCUGCCCACAACAUCAGCUGUGAGGUCAAAGCCAUAAGUGGAAGACUUAUCUCCUGCUUCAUUCAUUCGCUACGAACAGCAUUAAACAGUCAGUGGUGUUGAUUCAAUGUUUGCCAGCAGAGGGGGAGGAAUUAGACUCUCUCUCUCUCUCUCUAUCUCUCUAUCUCUCUCUAUUCAGUGGACGGCAGUGGCGGUUGUGAUGCCGAGAUGGAUUAGACUCUGCUCAUCAAACUUCGCGUGGGUCGGAGUUCCUCUUAGAAUCAGAGGUAGAUGGAUAAGUGGAUAGAUACUUGAGAGGGAGAGAGAACUGAAAGCGUUGACCAUAGAUAUCCUAACGUGGAUGGCCUGCGUAUGACGUGGGUUCCUUUUAAAAAAGGAAGAUAAAGAACGUGGGGAAACUUCCAUUCAGGGGGAGGGAGAGCGAGAGAGGGAUAUGGAGGGUUAAUUAAGGAGCGCGUUGACCGCCGUUCUGCUGACGUGGGUACAAGCCUGCGACCUGGGACAACAGUCAGGUCGGGUGCGCGACACUGUUGGAUAACGGGUGGACGUACUCUCUCUCUCUCUCUCCCCGUCCUCUUUCUUGACCUGUAA